AUGCCGCGGCCAAAGGUUCACCCAAGUCAGCGCCAGCGAGCCGCUGAAGCAUGCAACUUUUGCCGCGCGUCCAAGAAGCGGUGCAGUGCCACGGUCCCGUGUACUGCCUGCCAGAGACGCGGCAUCGGAGACUCGUGCUAUCUCACCCAUCGGCCUCGAGGCUCCCGAAGGCUUCCGCCUCGGACAAGGAGCUCGGCCCCGGAGCAGGUCCCGGCCUCACCGAGCGGUGGAGACGGUGUCCCGGAUAGCCUGGAUGCCUCGCUGGAUCAGCUUCCGCAAGAGUCUGCGUGGGGCCGGGAUGGGUUUGGUCAGGUUGUUGCUCCGGAGUGGUGCCCAGAGGGUGAAACAGCUUCUAUGGACAAUGAAGCAGAUGCCGAUUACCAGCCGCUUACUCCGUCCGAUUCCCGAAUAAGCAUGUCCGAUGCGACCACGAAUAGAUCCGCACACCCGUCGACGCAAUUACCAGCGAGGCCGGGGUCUCCGGCUCUAGAACCGGAGUCGCAUGCCCGGAUGCUACUGAAUCUACGAGGAGAACGAGGUAAGGCGUCAUACCAUCAUCUGAGCACGCUAUACAUGCUGAAUCACGAUGAACUAAUACCGGCAUCCCGUAUAGUCUAUAUCGGCGAGGCUGCAUCUCUAUCGUUCCUUCAGCUCAUUAGAGAUACUGUGACGGCUCAAAUUGGGCCCUCCCAAUUUUCUCACAAUGAGAAGCGCGAUAGUAUGCUAGAGACAGAGCCCUCGGCUGUUGACUCCAAUGGUUUAGAGCCAACCAAUUGCAACAUAGAUUUAGAGGGCAGUCUACUCUACGCUCGCACCUUUGAAGCUGCUACUGGUGGGCUUUUAGAUAUCUUUGGGCCAACAGAAAUAGAGGAUAUUCUGUUAAAGACUGGAACUGAUGGGGUUCAGUCUCUCAACCCAUGCCAACAUGCCACCGUCGACCUUGUGAUAGCCAUCGGCGCUCAAUGCAAAUCUCCAAUGGAUGCACAACAGAUCGGACCAGCUUAUUUUCGUCAAGCACAGCAGCGUGCAUUCGCUGGCAUGCUGGAGGACCCAAAUAUUGACAUGGUCCGCGCCUUUCUUCUAAUGGCCUUUUAUAUGCUUGGUCACUGUCGGAGAAAUACUGCAUUCAUGUACUUGGGGAUUGCAUCGAGAGCUGCAGUUGCCCUUGGAAUGCACAGCCCACAUUCUUACACAGACUUGAAGAAUCCAUCAUGUCAGUUGAGGCUUCACAUUUGGAUGAGUCUAUGCGUCUUGGAUAUGCUGGUAUGCUCUAUACUCGGGAGGCCGCCUGCAACUGCUGGCCUAAGAGCGGAACUUGAUACCAGCAUCAUCGCUUCAUAUCAGCCGUUAGCCUCGCGGCCCGAUUCACGCACUGCAAGUUUAUUUGCGUCGUAUAAAAUACUUACCAUCAUUAAUGAAAGCGUCGACGCCCUGUACGGGAGGAAAGUUGUGUCCACAGGCAUGGUGGAAUCAUUAUUGAACAAGAUUGAAGACUGGAGCAAAAGUCUUCCCAGCUUUCUCCGCAAUCCUCUUACACCUAAAGGCUCUCCGUCGCAGAGAGCGGCAACGGACAGCAUACACGUCGCUUGCCUCUACUAUUUUGCCAUCACUCUUGUCACUCGGCCUAUACUGAUAUCCAGGCUCACAUCUCGCCGCGAUUCCGCAACACCUUCGUCCUCACCCAUGGCAUCCGCCUGCCUCGAUGCGGCAGUAUAUCUGGUACAGACAUGCUCGGAAGCACACAAGUCAGGGUUACUGCUUGGUAAUAUGUGCAUAUUAAAGGCCUUGAUAUUCGCUGCUGGGCUUAUUCUUGGAUUUGACAUGUUUGCGAAAAGAGAGCUAGAUUACGAGGUUGAAGUAGCCUUCCGCAGCGCCAAAGACGUCCUCGACUUCUUGGGCAUUCAAAGCCCCCAGGCCAGCCAUUAUUCGGAAAUUCUAGGCCUCCUAUCCAAUGCAAUCACGAAACGACCGACGGAGGAGACUCUAGUCAAGACAACAUCACCAACGACAAUGAGGCUCUGCCUCUAA